UGUCGUAGCGAGAGAGAGAGGACGACAAUGGAGACGCUGGUGCUCCUUCAGACUCUGAUUCUCUUCGUCGUCUUCUUCCCCUCUCCACUGUUCUCCUCUUCGUCUUCCUCUGCAACAGAUUUGCCACCAACCUCCAUCGUCUUCGCUACGUUGGGUAGGGCUCACUAUUCCUUUGAUGUGUUCACCCUCCCCAUUUCCCCCUUCACCUUCUCCGUUGUUCCCCACCAAGAGCUCCAGUUCACCGACGGCGAAUCCGUGAAUUAUAAUGGCUUUUUCCAUGGGGAUUCGCUUCUAUACGUCUCCGAGCGAAAUGGGAUGCCGGAAAUUUUCGUGGCAGGGGAGCCCACUUCUCGAAAAGGAAGAAGGUCGGUCAUGGACCAAGUUUCUGGUGGGAUUCCUGUCGUGCCGACACCGAAGCUCGGCGAGGCUGUUUCGAUGAAAGACCGACCGUCCAUCGCUGGAGACCGGCUGAUUUACGUCUCGACGGAAAGGCCGGCUAGGGAGUCCAGGAAGAGUUGGGCGGCCGUGUACUCGACGCACUUGGAAACCCUCGAGACCAGACGGCUGACGCCCGACUUGGUGGCGGAUUUCAGCCCGGCCGUUUCGCCUUCCGGCCAGUGGACGGCGGUGGCGUCUUCCGGCGAGCGAGGGUGGUCGGGGGAGAUUCACGAGCUCGCCACCGAUAUAUAUCUCUUCAACACGUCCGAUGGGUCCGGCCGGUUCAAGCUCGUCGACCACGGCGGUUGGCCGUCGUUCUCCGACGAGUCGACCGUAUUUUUCCAUCGGCAGUCCGACGACGGGUGGUGGAGCGUCUUCCGGGCGGUUUUCCGGCAUCGCCGCAAACCCCAAGUGGAAAGAGUCACUCCUCCCGGCGUGCACGCGUUCACCCCUGCCGCGUCUCGAACCGGAAAGUUCAUCGUGGUGGCGACUCGGAGGGCCGACUCGACGUACCGCCACAUCGAGAUCUUCGAUUUGGUCCGUCGGGAGUUCGUCGAGGUCUCCAAGAAAAUCGCGCCCCACGCCCACCACUACAACCCCUUCAUCUCCGCCGAUUCUACUCGUAUCGGUUACCACAGAUGCAGGGGAACGAACCCGAAUCGGGGGAGCGCCAACCAUCUUCUGCUGGAGAACGUGCGGAGCCCGAUUCCCUCCAUCUCUCUCUUCCGAAUCGACGGUUCUUUCCCUUCAUUUUCCCCCGACGGCGAGCGAAUCGCGUUCAUCCCGAGUCUGGACGAGCGGGGGGUCUACAUUGUGAAACGAGACGGAUCGGGAAGGCGCCGCAUCUCCGAUUCGUUCUCGUUCGGAACAGCUUGGGACUACAAGCGGAAGAACGUCGUCUAUACGAGCGUAGGGCCCACCUUCUCCAGCGAGAUGACCUCGGUGAACAUUGUCUCGAUUAGCUUCUCCGAUUCCGAUACGGACCCCAGAAGCUCCCGGAUCGUCACUUUGACCCGCGACGGCAACAACGCUUUUCCGUCGCCGUCGCCGGACGGAAAAUUUGUGGUUUUCCGGUCGGGCCGGUCUGGGCACAAGAACCUCUACGUAAUGGACGCCGUUGAGGGCGAGAGCGGCGGGUUGUGGCGGCUGACGGAGGGGAACUGGACCGAUACGAUGUGCUCUUGGUCGCCGGACGGGGAAUGGAUCUCCUUCGCGUCGGACCGUGAUGACCCGGGAAGCGGCAGCUUCGAGAUCUACUUGAUUCAUCCGAACCGGACCGGGUUGAGGAAGCUGGUUCAGAGCGGGACGGGCGGGAGAACGAACCACCCCUGGUUCAGUCCGGACUCGAGCCGGUUGGUUUUCACAUCGGACUACGCGGCCGUAUCGGCCGAGCCGAUCUCGAACCCGCACCACUACCAGCCCUAUGGGGACAUCUUCACGAUCCGGUUGGACGGGUCCGGAAUCAGGCGCAUGACCCACAACUCUUAUGAAGAUGGCACGCCCACCUGGGGGUCCAAGUUCAUCGAGCCCUACGACGUGGUCGAGACCCAUGCAGAAGGGAUGGCUCGGACCUGCAAGUUUGGUGAUUGCAUGUGGCUCGAGCCGGUCUCCAACGCUUGGACCAAUGGGUCCAACUCGGCCCAUCUCACCAAAUGCGGCUAGCCAACACUUCUCUCUCUCUCUCUCUCUCUCUCUCUAUAUAUAUAUAUAUAUAUAUAUAUAUAUAUAUGCCAUUACAUAAUCGCCUUUUAUGUAUAGAAAAUAAUGGCUGGUCAUGUAUUUUUGUAGUUAAUAGAGGAAUGAAAUAUUUUUAUGGAUAGAAAGUAA